AUGCGCUUCAGCCGUGCUUGUGUUGAUGCGAGGAAACGUAUCAUCUGUACCGGAGUGUACAUGCAUGUCAUUUGCUGCCAGCAUGACUGUAUGGAUUGUGCUGUAUUCAACGAUGAAUUCACUGCUUUUCGCAACUUUUUGAAAGGUGUACAGGCUGGGAUGCGAAACGUAAAGGUAGUAGCUGGUGGAGGAGGUGCAAGUGGUGCUGAUGGUGCAAUUGCUGAUUGCUGA